AACAUUUCUUGUUGGGUAAAGCGUUAGCGUUAGGAUUCUAACAAGGAAGUAGGUAGGUGGAGCAAGCCAGAGAAUUCCCCUAUAAUUGGAUAUAUUCAUCAUUCGUUGACGUGCACUGACUUGUGAGGAACAGACUCCCAACGACGAUGGGAGCUGAAGGCGCAGGAGGAGAUCACGGUGGUGAAGAACGCAUCCCUCUGCUCCACAAGGAAGCAAGCGAGGAAGUGGCAGGGGAUGGGUCUGUCGAUAUUCGUGGAAGGCCAGCUCUCAAGAACAGAACUGGGAACUCAAGGGCAGCUAAAGUUAUUCUGGUGGCGGAGCUGUUCGAGAGCCUAGCAGGUUCUAGUAUCUCCUGCAACCUCACAGUAUAUCUAACGAAGGUUCUCCGCCAGGGCAACGCUUCUGCUGCAGCAAGCAUCAAUACAUGGACAGGGGCCAGCUACCUUACACCCAUACUGGGAGCCCUCUUUGCUGAUUCAUACUGGGGCAGAUACUGGACUAUCUUCAACUUCUUCUUUGUCUAUGCCAUGGGUUUAAUGAUUCUCGCUCUAUCAGCCUUUCUUUCUUCAUUGGGACCUGCAAGCUGUGGAGGAGUCGAAUGCCCUUCGGCCACUAAUAUUCAGAAGACGGUCUCUUUUUUCGGAUUAUACCUCCUCGCAUUUGGGUCAGGAGGCAUCAGCUCCUCACUGGUACCAUUUGGUGCUGAUCAGUUUAGUGAUAUGGACCCAAAAGAGAGCUUGAAGAAGGGGUCCUUCUUCAACUGGUUCUCCUUCACCAGCAAUGUUGGUGCUCUCAUUUCGAGCACUGUGCUAGUAUGGGUGCAGGAGAAUGUUGGAUGGGGGGUGGGAUAUGGCAUCUCUACGGGCUUCAUUGCCCUCGCCAUCGCCACGUUUGUAAUGGGUACGCCCUUUUACAGGCUGCAGAGACCAGAAGGCAGCCCUCUGACAAAGGUUUGGCAAGUCUUGGUGGCCUCUUUUAGGAAGAUCACUCUUCAGACUCCUGCUGAUGAAAAGCUCCUCUACGAGGAAAGCAAGCCAGGCGCCAGCCAUCACCAUCUUUCUCACACUGAUGACUUCAGGUUCUUAGAUAAAGCGGCAAUCGUAUCUGACAUGGACAUGGAGGAAGGGAUUUACAGAAACCCAUGGAGAUUAUGUACAGUUACACAAGUGGAGGAGCUAAAGUUGCUUCUGCGUCUGUUGCCUGUGAUGGUUACCGGCAUCAUAUACUCCGGAGUGUAUGCUCAGAUGUUCACAGUCUUCGUAGAACAAGGAAGCAUCAUGCAGAGAAAUGUUGGGAGCUUUAUUGUUCCACCAGCGACAUUGUAUAGCUUUGAGGUGCUCACUGCCAUCUUAUGUAUCCCAAUUUACGAUACCAUCAUCGUUGCAGUUGGUCGAAAGUUCACGGGCAAUCCACGUGGGUUUACCGAGUUACAGAGAAUGGGGAUCGGGCGGUUCCUGAUUAUUCUUUCCAUGAUAGCAGCUGCACUAGUGGAGAUGAAGAGGUUGGAGAGCAACAGGACAGGCAGGUUGAUGAACAUAGCAUGGCAACUUCCUCAGUACUUUCUGAUAGGUGUUUCUGAAGUGUUCACUUGCAUUGGGCAGAUGGAAUUUUUCUAUGACCAGUCACCUGAUUCUCUGAAAAGCGUCUGCACGGCCAUGGCUCUGCUAACCAUAUCACUUGGGAACUACUUCAGUUCUCUAACUGUGACCUUCGUGAACUGGGCUACAACAAGGGGAGGGGAUGCAGGAUGGAUACCUGAUGAUUUGAACCAAGGGCACUUGGAUUAUUUCUUUUGGGUAUUAGCUGGGGUCAGCGCAUUGAACUUGGUCGUCUAUAUUGCUUGUGCAAAGAAGUAUAAGCUUAAGAAGCUAGCCCAUGACCCCCAAGUACAGUCAGAUGUAAAUAAGUAGGGAGACUUAUUGUGUUGUUAAAUACAUAGCAAAUGCUCAAGAUUAUCACCGUUUAAUUUUUGGAGCAAAUGUAACAGAAAUUCAUGGCCA